AUGGCUGUAGCCCAUUUAGCUAAAGACCUCCAGGAAGAGGUGACCUGCCCUGUGUGCAUGGACUACUUUAUCCAACCAGUGACCUUAGGCUGUGGGCACAGCUUUUGCCGCCUGUGCCUCCUUGGGAGCUGGGAAGAAGUGGACCAAGCCAGCUUUUGUCCGGAUUGCAGAAGAUCCUUCCAAAUGAGAGACAUAGAGCCCAACUAUCGACUAAGGAAGCUGUCCAGUAUAGCCAGGAACCUCAGACCCUACUUGCUUCAGAUCACAAAGGAAAAGAUCACAUGUGAGAAGCACAAGGAGGAGCAAACACUGUUCUGUGAGGAGGACCAAACUUUCCUUUGUGCUUCUUGUUUCCAAAGUCAGGAGCACAGGAGCCACACAGUGCAACCUCUCCACAAUGCUGCCAAGGCUUCUAGGACCCAGACAAGUGCUUGGAGGGAGAGUCUAAGAGGUGAAUAUCGAAGAUUGCUCAAUUUCCUUAAACAUGAAGAGAUGUGGAACCUUAACAGACUGGCCUGGGAUGAAAAGGAAAACCUGCAGAAGUUAAAAGAAAGUGAAGACAGACUCUCACAACACCUUCAGAAAUUAAAGGAGGAGAUCAUGAACAUUGAACAAAAUUGUCAGAAACCCAGUCUUGAACUUUUAAAGGUCGCAGGAGACACAUUUAGGAGGAUUAAGUCACUGUUGAGUGACCAACCAGAGUCUGCCAGGAAUCCACUGACCAUCACUUGCAUCACUGGGAUGUUUGAAAUGAUGAAUAGAUUCAGAGUGAAUGUGACCCUGGAUCCUGAAAGUGCCUCUCCCUAUCUCAUUGUGUCUAAUGAUUUGAAGACAGUCAAAAAUGGAGGAUGCCUGCAGAAUGUACCUGUCAGCCCUGCCCGAUUUGAAGAUGAAAUCAUUUUGGGGGCUCAAGUCUUUACCUUCGGUCUUCACUACUGGGAGGUGGAUGUAGGAGACAGGUUACAAGAAUUGGAAGAAUCUUUAAAUUCUCUGUCAAAGGUGUUGGCUGAGGAAGGCAGAGUCUGUAUGGUUCAGAGCACUUCCUGCUUUGUGUACAUCGACAAUUCUUGUUGA